AUGGACAAUCUUGUAAAGGCAUCCAAUAUUAUUGGUGAAAAUGGUGAUAGUGAACAAUACAAAGAACUUAUUUUGAACGCCUUAGAGAUGUCGGGUGUGUGGGAUGUGGAAUGGGAACGUGAACAACCCAUUGAAUCGUUACGAAUAUUUCUCAUUAUUCCUUCGCUGUAUUUUUUUGCAUCACCUUCAAUAGCACUCGCAAAAACACUUCAUCUGCCUUUUGUUCGUGCCGUUCACCUUCUCAGCCAGUCCAGUCGUUCCAUAUUGGGUUGGCUUUUGAUUUGUUCAUGUCAUGGGGGUUUGUAG